CCCCAUCCGAUGCCCUCCCUCGGCGACCAGCUGAGCGCGGCCCUCCAGUCGCGCGACGAGCGGCUCAUCCGGCGGCGGCUGUCCGACGCGCAGGCCGACGCGGGCCUCGCCGACUUCUGCACGAACGACUACCUCUCCCUCGCCGCGUCCCCCGUCCUCCGCGCACGCUUCCUCGCCGCCCUCGCCGCCGCCCCCCACGUCCUCGGCUCCGGCGGCUCGCGCCUCCUCGUCAACGGCCCCGCGCACGCCGCCCUCGAGGCCCGCCUCGCCCGCCUCUUCGCCGCCCCCGCCGCCCUCCUCUUCAACUCCGGCUUCGACGCGAACGUCGGCCUCUUCUCCGCCAUCCCGCAGCCCCGCGACGCGCUCCUCUUUGACGAGCACAUCCACGCCUCCGUGCACGACGGCAUGCGCGCGUCGCGCGUCGCCCCCGCCAUGCGCAGGGCCUUCGCGCACAACUCCGUCGCCGCGCUGCGCGACGUCCUCGCGCGCCUGGUCGCGGAGCACCCCGACCUGCAGACGGGCGCGCGGAGCGCGUUCCUCGCCGUCGAGUCGCUCUACAGCAUGGACGGGACCGUCUGCCCCCUGACGGAGAUGGUCGAGGCCAUGGAGGAGCUCCUACCGUGCGGGAACGGCUACGUCGUCGUCGACGAGGCGCAUGCGACGGGGAUAUACGGGCCGCAGGGGCGCGGGCUCGUCGCGCUGCUCGGCCUGGAGCACCGCGUGCUCGCGCGGCUGCACACGUUCGGGAAGGCGUUGGCGGGGACUGGAGCCGUCCUGCUCACGACGCCGCUCAUCCGGGACUACCUCCUCAACUACGCCCGCUCGCUGAUCUACACGACCUCGCUAAGCUACGCGAACAUCAUCUCCGUCGACUGCUCCUUCGACCUCCUCGAGGACGGCACAGCAGCCCGGCUCGCCCACCAGCUUUCCGCCCUCGUCUCGCACUUCCUCACUCUCCUCCGCCCGCGCCUCCACACGAUCCCGCUCUCCCUCCUCGCCCUCCCGCCACACCUCGCACACGCACCGAGCCCCUCCGCGCCGCUCCACCGCACGCUGCCCUCGCCGAUCAUCCCGCUCCUCACGCCCUACCCGCGCCCGCUCUCCGCGCACCUCCGCGCCCUCGGCCUCAACGCGCGCCCGAUCACAUGGCCGACCGUGCCCAAGGGCCGCGAGCGCGUGCGCGUGUGCUUGCAUGCGGGGAACUCGAGGGAGGAGGUGGAGAGGCUCGUGGCUGGGAUGGUCGAGUGGGCGGAGAGGUGGCAGAGGGAGAAUGGUGGGGCUGGGGAACAGAUAGUGGGUGGUGGGCAAGUCGCAGCGAAGUUAUGAGGGAUAGAUGGAAAGGAGGCAGUGGAAGGACGGCCUACAGCCCAGCAUGGCGCGAAAAUAGCUGAAGCCCGUCAGUCUUGAAGGGCUUCGAUCUCCUGUGCGCUGGUCUGCAGGAACUCUUCGUACGAGUCUUGAUAGCCAGCUACGGUCCGCACCAGUCAACACCGCAGUCCCAGCCUCAAGCACAAAACGGGACGCACCAGGAGUCUUAGCGAGGGCACGGUAGCGCGCGAUGACCUCCCUGUUGUGCUCGAUGGCGGCGAGCUGCGCUGUUUGAUUGUACCUACGUCGCACGAAACGAUGGCGUCCGUCAAUUGAGUGCGCCGAGGAGACGGGGAAGGGCGUUCACCUGAGACGUGCACGACGUGC